AUGGCUCGCAGAGGAUUCAAGCAGCGGUUGAAAAUAACAAGGGAAUCAAUUGAGCGCUUUUGUCAUGACUUGAAAAUUGUAAAAAUGUUGAGCAGUCCAGAUAGACCUGGCUCCUCAGCCGAUACAGUUUCUUUAAUUAGCGAAGAAGAUGAGGAAAAAGCACCAUGCUUCAUGCCGCGACCCUACAUGGAACGUCUCGAUUUGACUCAAGUGGGUCCAUCUGAUAUUCUUAAAGACGAGAAUGGAUCACAACCAGUUAUCACCACACCUCGGAAACUCUUGAAUUUCGAUUUGCCGAGGUCGCCGCGUAUUGAGACGACAUCCGCUGACCGGAACGUGGAACUUAGAAGGCUCCGACGAAAAUCCAUCGAAUCUCCGCGCACGUUUCUAAACGGUCUCGCUGGCAUUGACUCACUUCCGGCAGUGAUCGCAAAAAAGGACAACAAUGUAGACACGUCGCAAGUUCUUCUGACUUAA